AUGGCCCAUGCUCCAGGUAGGGAAAAUGAAGACAUCAAUACUGCGCAAUAUAAGGUCCUAUCAAACAAAGUCGCUGGGUGGCUGAACAAAGUCAUAGAGAGUUCACUACGACAUGGGAGCAAGGUCCCGGGAGUUAUUGCUGCUCCUGGCAGUUAUGAAGACUACGAUGCAGCGGACGAACAGGAAGUCCUGUUCAACGAAGACAGACCGUGCCCCAGAGAUUGCAUAUGCACUGUAUCCCAAGGCUACAGAAUAGCGAAGUGCAAUCGCUUGGAAGAAGGUACACAAAAGUUUGGCGAUGAUAUAACUGAUCUCGUCAUUGAAAAUGCGGACCCGGAAUCACCCAUCAUAUUAAGUGACUUCAUAUUCAAAAAGUUGGGACUGCAUCAAAUCGCGACUUUAAAAAUCGUGAAUAGUACUAUUGGCUCCGUCGGACCUAACGCCUUCCACGGCCUUCAUGAGCUUUACGCUGUCUAUCUUUCUAAUAACAAACUUAAAGCUCUCCAUCCGGAGACUUUCGCUACAAACAAAAAGCUUCUAUUGUUGACUGUUUCAAACAAUCCGCUCAAAUUCCCCGAACCCGGCACACCUGAAUACUUCUUAAAUGCAUCUUCGGUCCAAGAACUCGACAUUUCCUACUGUAACAUGCAGUAUAUUACUGCCAAUGUUAUCAAGAAUAUGCCAGGCCUUAUGUAUCUUAAUUUGGCGGGCAACAAUUUAGCAGAUAUGGAAGCCGACACGUUUAAAAGCUUAUUAGAUCUAGAAGAAUUAGACUUGAGCGAUAAUAACAUAAAGUCUCUUCCUGAAGAUAUAUUUUCGGAGAAUACCGAAUUGGCAACUCUUCACAUUCAACGCAACCCUAUAGACUCUGUGUAUGGACUCCAAAUCUCCGAUUUACUUACACUUAACGCUGGUCAGACUAAUAUAAAAUUUGUUGGACCGUCUAUGUUUAACGGUAUGACUUACAUAGCUAACCUUAAUCUUAGUGGGAACAAUAUCGAAAAGAUUCACAAUCAAGCUUUCCACAAACUCGUCGAACUGAACUAUCUGGAUUUGUCAUACAACAACUUGGACUUUAUUUCAAGUAUUCUAAUAAAACAAAAUAUAGAACUAGAUAUUUUCAAAAUUUCCAACAAUCCAAGACUAAAACAUUUACCAAUCGAUGGUUUUCUCUGUUCAGCCGAGCAAUUCAAUAUUUAUCUCUUUGAAGCGGCCAACUGUGGUCUUGAAGAAAUAUUUGAUGACUCCCUCAAAACGUUUACGGCCUUAUCUCAAAUCAAUCUGUCUAAAAACAAUAUCAAGUCGAUCAGUAACCAUGUGUUUUCAAGAUCUCCUAAAUUAGUCGACAUUAAUUUAGCGCACAACCAGCUCGCAACCCUGGACGCGAAAGUGUUUGAAAAUAAUAAAGAAUUGGGAAAAUUAAAUCUUCAAGGUAAUCCGUUGAAAGUAUUAUCUGCUGAAGUAUUUUUGCGUACUCCUAUGCUCACAUAUUUAGAUAUGAGUCACUGUGAAUUGACAGCCCUGUGGAAGACUGAAAAGAACCACUCCGCCAACCUUCUCGGUAAUUUGGGCUUCCUUAAUGUAUCGCACAAUCGCAUCACUGAAAUUAAACAGACUGAAUUAGACGGUCUGAAUAAACUGCGUACUUUAGACAUCAGUAACAAUUUACUUGCGUGCAGCCGUGAAUUUGAAAAUCUAAUGUCAUGGUUAAGCAAUAAGAAGGUAUCACCGAGCGCUACUUCUGCCAGUAUUGCUAAUCUUUCUAAAGAUAAUAAGGACGAAAUUGAGACAUACAGCUGGGAAUUCCUUACACGCAAAACUUGCGGAAACGUUAUUGUUCAUCCCGUUGAACCUUUACCUCCACCGGAGGAGGAAAUUUGGGCAAGAAUUGAUAAGGACACAGUAGGUGACUUUGACUUGAAGGAUACACUUGAUGACGGUAAAGUGGCAGACGACACUAAAACAUCGGAUAAUAAAAUCGAUGACAUUGACGAUGACGCCGAUGACUCUGAUGAAGAUGACGAUGAUGUCGAAGGUGACGAUGAUGACUCGGAAGAAUACGAUGAUGACGACGAUGAUCAGAAUGUAGACCUUAAAGUUAAACUUGUCGAAAAACCACAAAAUGAGAAACCAUCUACACCUGAGCCCAAAACAGAAGCCAGUCGUCAAGACAAGAUGAAGAUUGACAUCAAACUUUUCGAAAAGGACAACUUCUACGACGAUUUGGAGCCCGAGGUUUAUGUGAACGAAUCGGUUCAAGAAUCUGAGCACAGUCGUUACGCGUACCUGUGGCCGAUUUUAAUUGCAAUUCUAAGUGCAUUGCUACUACUUAUUGUCAUCGCUAAGGUAGUAAUGGUCGUAUGCGGCAGACGCAACAGACAAAUAAGAUACAACAGUGCCAUAAUCGCUGCCAUGAGUCACCAAGCCCGCACCAAGAAAGACUGCGGUCUGGUCUACCAGCAGUUGUCGGAAGACUUAACAGGACCCAAGACGCCUAAGCUGAACCGCUACGCACCUUUGCACAACGUUACAGUGAACGCCUCCAACGUCGAGUCUUACGAGAGCAGUCCCUUCCACCACAGCAAUAUCGUUCCUGAGGCGGUGUAG